GGUAACGCGUCCUUUUCUUCUGUCACUUUUAUAUCUACGGAGAGAGAGAGAGUGAGUUUGGGAGAGAAAAAAGAAAGGAGCAGGGACUUAGAUCUUCUUGUGCAUUGAAGCAGGACAUCAAUGGCGUCGAAGCUGCUGUUGAUUCUUGUGUUUGUGUUGGAUCUCAUAGCUUUCGGAUUAGCAGUUGCAGCCGAGCAGAGGAGAAGUACCGCCAAGGUUGUCGACGACAGUGAAAAGGAGUAUACUUACUGUGUGUAUGAUUCAGACAUAGCAACUGGCUAUGGUGUUGGUGCAUUUUUGCUCCUCUUGGCCAGUCAAGUGCUUAUAAUGUGGGCAAGCAGAUGCUUCUGCUGUGGCAAGACUUUGAGCCCUGGAGGUUCAAGGGCUUGGGCUGUCAUUCUCUUCAUAAUCUGCUGGUUGUUUUUUAUCAUCGCCGAGGCUUGCUUGUUUGCGGGUUCUAUCAGGAAUGCCUACCACACCAGGUACAGGACCUUUUUCAACGAAAAUCCUCCCUCUUGCCAAACUGUGAGGAAGGGAGUUUUUGCUGCAGGAGCAGCAUUCAUUUUCUUCACUACAAUCGUCUCCGAAUUCUACUACAUCUGCUACUCAAGGGCAAGGGAAAGCUUCCAACCAUAUGGCGGAAGAGAGGCCGGCGUGGGUAUGGGAACCUAUAAAUGAGUCGGUAACAGAACUAUAUCACUCUCUAGCUGUGCCUUGAUUUAAUUAGCUUACUUCAGUUGCUGCUCUGAGUUGAAUGAUUGUAUUAAGAUUUGGAGUUAUUAGUAGUAGACCAUAUUGUACUUGUAAUUGAUGAUUCUUUUUCUACCAUCUGGCUAUUUUUCACAUUGUAAAAUUUUGGGUUAUUAAUCCUAUACAUAUCAAUAACACAAGGUGAUUGUUCUUGUGUCUGUUAUACUACUUGGAGAUCAGUUGGACAAUGUAGGUAAACAUGUAAGUAGGUUGUGGGAUGAAGAAUCUAGUUUCUUCAUCUUCAUCUUCAUCUUCAUCCUGUUACUAUAUAUGAUGUAUUGAUUGUAUAAUACAAGUUUCUCUAGUUUCCUCCCCAUGGAGGCUUA